UACCCUCCGAAAGGCUCUUGGAUUGUUGAUCAUGAUUCCAUAUGGGAUUUGUGGUACAAUCACCUGCAGUAUGGCAAACAACCGGAUGCGCGCAUUGCUCGGAGACCAAUGAUGCACAUUGAUUCAACUGCUCUUCAGUUCGACUUGGGUCCAGAAGAAAGUGGGCGAUUCAAUGAACCCGACGGUACUCCUGUGAUGAUGGCCAUGCACAAUUUCUGCUCCUUUGUCGAAAUCGUUUCUUGGGUCAAUGACAUUGUUCUGUGCAAUGUCGCCUGCCAGCGCAACGUUAGGGUAUGCGCCCUUCAUUCCAAACCCACCUCUUCUAUUCCUAAAGAGGAUGCUGGCUGUAUUGUCAUAUGCGGAUGGUCUGCUGGUUCAAGAUCUAAGCCUGCUUUUGAUUUCGUUCGCAACUUUCUGACUUCCAAAUCUGAUGCUGAAAAGUGUUCUCUUCGAUACGAGGCUGCUUCUGCAUUUGCCCCUUUCUGGAACAUGGUAUGCGCCUUGGGUCCCGAUGAGGUCCUCUCUGAUAUUGAAUAUUUCUUAUCCACUACGAAAAUCUAUGGUAUGGACGCCAAUCUCCAUGCUGGCGGUCCCAAAAAUGUCUAUACCGUUCCAAUCAACGGGAUUCCUAUUACCUUCCGCAAUGCCCGGAUGGCUCCUCCUUCUGGUGUUUUUGCUUGUAAUUAUGCUCGGUCUGUUCACAAUGAAGUUCAGCCCCAUAAAUGGUCCAUUGCCUGGACCACUUUUCGUGCUUCCAUCAACAAGGAACUAGGUGGCCAUUUCUAUAAUUCUGACUAUGGUAUUUGCAUCCGCUCCGCGAGCAAUACUGCAGUCUUUUGGCAACCUGAACAUUUUCAUGGUACCAGUCUGCAGGACAUUCCUCCUUCGGAAAAGGGUGGACCUGUCAUUCAAUCUGGUCUAUCCAUCGUUACUUCAUCCCGUCUU